GACAACACAAGGGGUUAAAUUUUAACUUUCUGCUGCAGAACUUCCUGACUGAGUUGGCGAGUGGGCGUGGCCAGUUGGAUGACAUCAUCGGCGUGGCGGAGGAGCUGGUGAGGAGCCGGCACAGCAAGCAGAGGGAGGUCCAGGCCAGACGGAGGAGCGUGGCCAACAGGUGGGACCGGAUCCAGCAGCUGAAGGAGGAGAAAGGCCACGAGCUGCUGAGCACGGCGGACGUGCAGUCCUUCCUGCAGAGCUGCGCCGAGGCCAGAGCUCAGCUGUCCGGCCUGGACGGGGGGGACGGCGGGGACGGAGGCUGCAGCUCCUUCACCCUGCAGGCCCGGGAGAAGAUCCAGACUCAGACGCUCCGGGACAUCCAGACCCUGGAGGGCAAGAUCGCCUACCUGAAGGACGUCGCCCGGAUGAAGCAGGACUGCAGUCCCGCCGAGCGGGCAGCCAUCGUGGACGAGGUCCAGGGUCUGGAGGCCCUACUGCACCAG